AUACGAGUGUGUAGUUACGCGUAAGCAAUCAAACGAAUAAGGUUAACCAAGAAUUUAAAUUGUAGAACUCAACGGUAUUCUCGUAUAUUCAAUAAACGCAGAAGUUCCAUUCGUAUAUAACAAUUUUAAAGGGACGUCCGUGCACCGCAGUUACAGUAUUGCGCACUAGACCAUGGAACGCCCGUGCACCAAAAGGAAGGACGCGACGGCCGGGGACGGGGACGGGACGGUGACGAAUGCGCGUCUCCCGUGGCCCGCGAAGGUGUCGCAGUGCGAUCGGCUGCGACCGCGGGACGCAGACGACUGCGGUUCGGCCGUGAGCGCCAUAAAGGGAUAUUGCGUGGACCGGAACCUGCCCACCAACGUGUAUCGGCCGGUGGGGUGUGGUGGCGGCGGGAAUGCGACCAAGUUCCGGCUGAGCGAUCUGGUGGAUGAGCUGCACAGGGUGUUCGCGGAGGACCGCGUCAACGUCGAGUACGUGCAGUAUCUGAUGGAGUCGUACAAGAGCGACCCGGCCGAGUGGCUCAAGUACGCGAAGUUCAACAAGUUUCGGUACACUAGGAACCUGGUGGACGCGGGCAACGGAAAGUUCAACCUGAUGGUGCUGUGCUGGGGCGAGGCCCACGGGUCGUCCAUACACAACCACCCCCAGUCAGACUGCAUCAUGAAAGUGCUCGCAGGCAACUUGACUGAGGUGCGGUUCGCGUGGCCCGAAAAGUCUUCGACGGCCGAACGCGACCACGAACACGAUUACGACUACGACCAGCAGCUUCAGCCUAUGUGUGAGUUAGGACGAACGGUACUGGAAACUGACAGCGUUUGUCACAUUAACGAUUCGAUGGGAUUACAUCGCGUGGAAAAUGACAGUCAUACUGACAAGGCCGUAAGUUUACACUUGUAUUGUCCGCCGUUCGAAGAGUGCUCCACGUUCAACCAGCAAACGGGUCACGAGAUGAAAGCCAAAUCAACGUUUUGGUCAAUUUAUGGCGAAAAGGUUUCUAAGAAACGGGUGUUGGAAGAACAUAUGCCAGAUGAUAACUAAAUGUGAACAGUGAAGUCAUACGAGUAUACGUGUUUUGCCUUAGUAAAAUUACUAUUAAACGAUAAAUAUUUUGUUAUACUUAAUUAUCCUAUAUUUUAAUAUAUU